CAAAUUUUUUUCUAAGCUUCUCGUCCUGUCCUUAACUUUGCCAAACAAAGUAAGGUUAAUUAUGAAUAUUGAAAUUCAACAUAUAAUAUGUUUGUAGUAAAUAAUAAAUAAUAUAAUUUCGUAAUAAUUUAAAUUGUAUCGAGUGGUGGGAAUUUUAAAAAUAAGAUUAAGAGUAACGUGAAUAACAUAUAUAAUAUCAAUGAUUCACAUUGUCUCGAACGGCGGAAAUUUUUGAAAAGAGAUUAAGAGGAGUCCAAAUAACUCCUAUGUAAUCUCAAUUACUAACGGACAUGUUUACUAGCAAUUAUACAUUUGAGAACAUAUAAACGUAUAUUAUUUUUCGAAUUUGCCAUUAUUAAAAUUUCAAACUUAAACAUUUAUAGAUCACGUAUCAGUCACGUAAAUAAACGGGUGCAGAAAUAGAAUAUUCUUUCUUAAUAUCCUUCAGCGAAGGAUGUAUAAAUUAUUAUUAAGAUUUUAUACACGAUUUCUUUUAUAUAUCGUAUAACAAAUAUAUAGUCAGCUUAAACGAAAAAUUAAUUGUAUAAUCAGAUUUGUAACGAGGUAGAUGAUUAAUGCUGUUACUUGAGAAAGUCGCAACACUGUUAUCGCAAUACGAUAAGAGAUAAAACAUCGGCAAAGUCUUUAGUCAGUAUAUAGAAAUCCACAAGUCAGUCACGUACAUGCCAUUUCGUCCAUCAUAGAUCUGUUUUAUAUAUGUAUAUAUAAAUAUAUAUAUAUGUAUAUAAUUAUCGUGAACUACCGUGGAUCUCUGAAAAUUGAAGAAAAUUCAUAUCGAUGCGACGAAAAGACAUUGAAUUUGUGAGAUUAUUUAAAGUUCGUCACGAAGAUAAGGUUCAUAUACCGCGGUUUGUCGCAACAGGUGGUUGAAGAGUGCAAUCUAGAUUCUAACCGAGCAUGUUUUCAACGAGGAAUAAUACAUUUUAAAAAUCGAUCGCAUUAUAUCUCAUUUAUUCAUUUCGUUUUCUCCAAUUAUGUAAGUCGUCAAAUUUUUUUUGUGCUGGCACAAGUUAACGACCUUUGUGAUCUCGUUGGACUUAGAGUGCGAUAUAAAUGUGAAUUGGAAUACGGUUUCACGUGAAGUAACGUGAAUUUAAUUUAAUUCCGAAAACUGGAGAGAAAUUUCGAGGAAUCUGUUUUAGAAGAGAUUAAAAAUAGAAAAUUCAAACAAUGUCGUUCAUUUCUUUACACGACAAGUAUAAGAAGCCGAAUACGUGUCGGUGUUUAUCGGUAAGAAAAUCGAGCAAACCCAAACAACGAUGGAGCUGCAUAGAACCAUACGUGGGCGAUUACAUCAGGCACCCGGUGUACGAACUGUCGAGCAAGUAUGGAGUGGCUAGCAGUGACCAGGUGCCCUUGCCGGCUCGUCUCGACGAGCUCCGGGAGCACAUACGCCGAGAAAUACGCAAGGAGCUGAAGAUAAAGGCCGGCGCCGAGAAGCUGAGAGAAGUGGCGACCGAUCGUAAAGCGCUCUCCGACGUGGCGACGAUCGUGAAAAAGUCGAAUAGUAAGCUGAACGAACUGCAGGCCGAGCUUCAGCAACUGGAGAGUCAAAUUAUAUUGACGCAGGGCCAGCCGCAGUCGCCCCAGCAAAAUCACUCGAACGGUCAAGACACGCCUCUGUCACCAAUGGGGCCGUCGUCGCCGAGUCAGGAGGGUCUAUUCACGGAUCUUCGCCUUUUGUCCUUGGAGAAGCAGCUCAAUAUCGAACUCAAGGUGAAGCAGGGGGCGGAGAACAUGAUCCAGAGUUUGACGAGCGGAAGAGACAAAAAGUUGCUGCAGGAGGCUCAACAAAUGCUCGACGAUUCUCGCGCUAAAAUCGAGUUCCUACGUAUGCGAAUAAUGAAAGUGCGGCAAGCCCGCCAGCAACAACACGCGCGAGGCGAUGCACCGCCGCCGAAUGGCGAGACGACCAGCAAUAAAGACAGGUACGAGCCUAGUUUGGAGUUGGCGUUGGAGGAAAGGGUGGAGGAGCUGCGACAUCGUUUGCGGAUCGAAGCCGCGGUUGUGGAAGGGGCCAAGAACGUGAUACGUCUUUUACAAAGUGCCAAAGUCGCCGAUAAGAAGGCCUUAACGGAGGCUCAAGCAAGUCUUGCAGAAUCGAGUAGAAAGUUGGAUCUGCUGAGAUUAUCCCUCGAACUCAGAAGACAAGAAUUGCCACCUGACAGUGGUACUGCUGCUCAAUUGAAGAGAGAAUUGGCUAGUGUGCAAUCGGCUAGCCCCGUUCCUGUGACUUACACGUCGUUACAACCAUUUCGCGGCCCUCUGGAGGGUAAAGCUACGGUGCCUGCUUCGGUUUCAAGAUGUGCUGCCGUUACUGGACAAUUAGAGGUAAGGUUAAUGGGAUGUCAAGACUUAGCGGAAGAAGUGCCUGGUCGCACAAGAAGAGAACAUCCAGCAAGUCCGGAUCUACGCAGUUUUGUUAAAGGGGUUACAGGACGUAGUUCGAGCAAAUCGUAUAGCGUUAAAGAUGAAACAAGUAAUGAUAUUAUGGCAGUUAUUAAACUGGACAACCAAACAGUAGGACAAACUAGUUGGCGACCGUGUUCUCAACAAGCAUGGGAUCAAAGGUUUUCCAUUGAACUAGAUAAGUCGAGAGAACUUGAAAUAGGCAUUUAUUGGAAAGAUUGGAGAUCCCUUUGUGCUAUAAAAUUUUUACGUUUAGAAGAGUUUAUCGAUGAUGUGAGACACGGAAUGGCUCUGCAAUUGGAACCCCAAGGUCUUCUUUUCGCGGAAAUUAAAUUCUUGAAUCCUAUGAUUUCGAGAAAACCUAAAUUACAACGUCAACGCAAAAUCUUCAAACAACAAGUGAAAAAUUUCCCGAGAGCUAAUCAAAUGAACAUCAAUGUUGCAACUUGGGGUAGACUUUUAAAACGAUCGGCAGCCCCUUCAUUGCACAAUUCAAGAAAUUCUGAAAGCCCGCCAUCAGGACCACAACCUUUACAACUUGUUUUUGACACGUCGGUAGAAGAUAAACCGGAAACACCCGGAGAAUUACCUGACCCGGAGAAAGGAGGCUUAGGAGGCGCCAGACCAUUAGGAUUAUCGACUUCUAAUAGUCCUACAUUACCACGUCCUCCAGAACAUCCACCACCUCCACCACCCACAAUUACAAAAAAACCUUCAAUGCCCGCACCUCCACCACCACCAAAAUUAGAUCAAGAAUUACAGAGUGCAUUAAGGGAGUUUGAUUUCCUGCACAACGAAGAAAAGGGGGGUCCUCAGGGGGCAAAUUUGAGGCCUCUUGUAACAGAGCCUCGUCCUGUGCUGAUUGCACCACCCUCUCCACGCACACCCUCGCCCCAACCCGUCGUCGAGUUUCCUGAAGAUGAGGUUGUAUACGAAAUGCCGAAUAAGCCUUCUCAAUACAGAGACAGUGCCUACGAAUCUAGAAGACAUUCGCAACUUACUGGAAUGACCAUAGAUAAUUUUAGACUACUCUCUGUUCUUGGCCGCGGUCAUUUCGGAAAAGUAAUUCUAUCGCAAUAUAGAAAUACAGGAGAAUACUUCGCAAUAAAAGCGUUGAAAAAAGGAGACAUAAUAGCGAGAGAUGAAGUAGAAUCUUUACUUUCAGAGAAGAGAAUAUUUGAAGUCGCCAAUGCUACACGUCAUCCUUUCCUUGUAAAUCUUUUUGCUUGUUUUCAAACUGAGGCACAUGUAUGCUUUGUAAUGGAAUAUGCAGCUGGAGGAGAUCUUAUGAUGCAUAUACACGCGGAUGUAUUUGGAGAGCCACGAGCUGUAUUUUAUUCAGCUUGUGUUGUAUUAGGGUUGCAAUAUUUGCAUGAAAGUCGAAUUAUUUAUCGAGAUUUAAAAUUAGAUAAUUUACUAUUGGAUACAGAAGGAUAUGUAAAAAUUGCGGAUUUCGGUUUGUGCAAAGAGGGAAUGGGAUAUGGAGAUAGAACAGGAACAUUUUGUGGUACUCCAGAAUUUUUAGCUCCUGAAGUGCUUACUGAAACAUCAUAUACGCGGGCAGUUGAUUGGUGGGGUCUUGGUGUAUUAAUAUUUGAAAUGCUUGUUGGUGAAUCACCAUUUCCUGGUGAUGAUGAAGAAGAAGUGUUUGAUUCCAUUGUGAAUGAUGAAGUUCGUUAUCCGCGGUUUCUUUCUUUAGAAGCAAUUGCGAUAAUGCGGAGGUUAUUAAGAAAAAAUCCUGAUAGAAGAUUAGGUAGUAGUGAAAGAGAUGCAGAAGAUGUUAAGAAACAAGCAUUCUUUAGGCAUAUAGCUUGGGACGAUUUACUUCUAAGACGUGUAAAGCCACCAUUUGUUCCAGUAAUUCAUUCUGUGGAAGAUGUCAGUAAUUUUGAUGAAGAAUUUACAUCAGAAAAACCUCAAUUAACUCCACCUAAAGAUCCUAGACCACUCAGUGAUUUAGAACAAAGUUUAUUUAAAGAUUUUACGUACAUGGCUGAUUGGUGCUAGCCAUAAUUAUGUUAAUCAUUUUUUUUGUUAAAUUUGAUACGCAAAUUAUUUAGCGUUUUAAUAUAUUUUCAAUUUUAGGGGCAAUCAAAUCGCAAUUAAUAACACCGAUGAUUAUAUAUUUGUUUAAUUUUCAAAAUAUGUUCCACAUUUCAUAAUGUUAUGUAUUGUACAGAUGUUUUAUUUUUAAUAUCAUGAUAUAAUCAGACAUAUAGAAUUAAAAAAAAUUAUGUUCAACAACAUACGAAUCUCAGGUUUUUAACUAAUAUGUAUGAAUGUCAGAUUAACUUGUAGUUAUACAUUUAUCACAAUUGUUUCCAAUAUAUAAAUAAUUAUAAUUAUUUGACACGCUUGAAGUAAUCAAGUGGAAGACCAGCAGUAAAACAUAAAUUGUAUAAGCACUUUUAUAGUAUGUUAAUAUUUUGAUACAAAACUACAGUUUGGAACCUAAAUUUAUAAAGAUUUAUAUCAUUUAAUUAUAAAUCAUUAGAUCUCAUAAUAAUGAUUCAAAAUAUUGACCAAAUAUUCGAAAGAAUAUCUAUUUGAAGUCUUGACUACUUUUACUUAGCACAUUCAUUUUUAUGUAUAGUAAUUGUUUUACAACUAUUCUACGAUCAUUCAUUUAAAAUAAAAGAUAUUUACUGUAUAAAAAUAUAUGAUUCAUAAAGUGCAGAAAAUAAAUCAAAAACAGUUAUAUUAGGUGUUUGAAAAAGUUUUAAUAAAUUCCAUUAUAAAUAGACUGUAUUAUUUUACAAAAAAAAUAAUUAUAAAACAAUGAUUAUAUAAUUGAUUUUUUUUUGUAAAAUAACUAUUUACUUAUAAUGAAAUACAAAACUUUUAAAUGCACUUAAUAUUUGCUCAUGCUCAUGUGAUAGUGAAUUGAAUAAAGAAAUGGCACUAUGUAUAACAGUGUUGAUCUAUAUAAUCACAAGAAAACACUGGGCGCUUUAAUUAUAUUAGUCAUGUGUACCUAAUAAUUAAUACGACCAGAAAUUAAGACCAGUUGUUACAUUUAAUUUGACAAUUUAACUAUAUCAAUUUUUCUUAAUCAACAACUCUUGCAAGUUUAAUUCCUAUAAUCUCCUUUAUCCAUUUGUAUGCAUUACUUAGUUACUUAUUUUCAUGUUUUCAGUAUGUGAUAGAAUACUUGUGGUGUUCUAGUGCUAUACCUUGUAAAUAUAUAACCAAACAUUGAAAAGUAAUAAUUCAUAAGAUUUAUGAAUACAAUAUAAUUUAGUCUGAUAUCUAACACUGUAUCAGAUGUAAUAUCUCAAGUUCAUAUUUAGCAUACUGUUAAUAAUCAUAUUUACAUUUUAUUCUAAACAUCACUACAAUUUACUCAUAUUUUUUAAAUAUAUUUUUGGUUUUGUGAAUGAGUAUGAAUAUCUUAUACAAUCAUCACAAAUGUAUACAUUAUAUGUUAAUUAUAUUUGAUAGUGUUUUGUACUAACAUUAUAUCAAUGUCAUUUUAGAAAUUCUUUCUUUCAUAUUAUAUUUGAGCUUAUUUAAAACAGUAAAUUUAUUAUUUCCGCAUAAAUUAUUUUCAAAAAUAUCAAUAACAGUACAUUAUAAUACAUUAUUUAACAUUAAGAAUCACAUGCAUAUAAUGGUAAUUUAUCUUGUAACAAUAUUAUUGAUUCAUGAAGUUUGUUCAUUUAAUAGUUGAUAUGCAAAUUUUAUGUAUAAAAGAAUUUUUUAAAUGGAACCUAUUACAGUAUUUUUAAAAUUAUUUAUAAAUUUAAAUUAUACUUUUAUAAAAUAAUAUUUGUUUAAAAUAUAUCCAAAAAGGGAUAAUAUAAAUGGCUGAUUUUUAAUGAUUAGAUUACUGUGAUAGCAAUAUCAAAUGGUUUCAUUUGAAAUUUUCUUAUAUUUUAAUUUUAGUCAUAUAAGCUUGAAAUCAUUAAUCAUAUUCUUAAAAACAGUAUUUAAAAUUGUAAAACAAAAAACUAAUCAUGUCAUUUGUGAUAGUUUCGAGUACAUCUCGAAUUCUAGUUGCCUUAAUGCACUAAUAAAUUAAUAACCGUUUGGUAACUAUUUUAUACGGAGACCUUGUAUAUUAGAAAUGAAAACCUAUUUACAAAGGUGCUCAUGUAACACAUUAUUCCUAAUGUGCCUGUUUUUAUACAAUUCUCAUAUGUAGAUCUUAAAAUCUAGUUAAAUAAUUAUGAUUUUGGUUAAAAUAUAUACAAACAUUAUAACUAUAUAUCUUUACAUUGUAUGAUGGACAAGAAAAUAUGGGAAAAUAUAAGAACAUCGGAAUAUUUAUUUUCGUCGUCUAUUAAACAUUUUUAUUUAAAUGAAAAUAAAAUAUUAUAAAUUGGAUUAAAUUUUCAAAAGAUUCAUAAUAAAAAUAAAAAAAAUAUAUUGUUUUGUUAAAAAUUAGAAAUAUUUAUUUUUGUAUUUUAUAUGUAAAACGUUAUAUUCUCAUGUGUUGAACUAUCAAACAACACUCUAAUAAAAAAAUAAGUCACUUUUUAUUAAUCAAUAUUUUCUUGUCAAUAUAUAUUAAUAAUAUACUCUAUAAUAUUUAAGACAUAUAUAUAUAUAUAUACAUAUACAUAAAUGGUAGAUAUAUAUACUAUAAACAUUUAAAAAAUAUUACAUUAAGAUGUAUACAUAAGUAGUUUUUAUGGAAACGACGUUCUUUAUAUAUAUUACGAUAUUAAAAAUGAAGUGCGUCCAAAAAAUACUAAUUCAAAGAUGUAUAUGUAUGAUACAAGUGUCGUAAAUUUUUUUGUAGAUAGAUUUAUUUUGAAAAUUCAAAGUAGACUUGUUAAAAUAUACUUUCGUUACGUAUUUUUAUACAUACAAAAUAUCGUAACACUAUUAAGUUUUAAUUUUAAUUUAGAUUGUUUAAAAUAUUUAUCUGUAGUUAAGAAUAAUGAAACAGCAUGUGCCUCAUACUUGCAGUGUUUACUAAAUCAUAUAGAUAGUCUGACAUGAUAGAAAAUGCUUAUAAUAUAUCAUUAAGCAAUAAUUUAUUUAAUAUUCAUAUUUGCAAGUGGCAGCUUAAUACAUAUCAUUUUAAGUAGUUAUAUAUUUUUAGUAGCACUUCUAAACUUUACAUAUUUUAAAUAUAUAAAUAAUAAUUACUUUCAAAUAUAUAAAUAAUAAACAUUUAAAAGAAA